AUGGCAUCGCGCAUCAAACGUCUAUUGCACCGUGACCAGAGGGGGAGUAGCCCUUCAAACAGACGUUCUCACGAUGACGAGCGUGACUUUCAGACGGUGCCUUACGGGUCAACAUCUGAAGGCCUGCUACCGAGUAGCCCAGACUCGAUUCACGACCAGGACCGCGCCAGUUUUGAUAGAAAGAGACUGCAAGCUACGGAUCGCAUACACGACAGGGAGAGGCUUCUUUCCGACCCUUCCAUACAGCCACAUCCUUACGCUGGUCAGCCGGCUGAUCUCCCUGCUCGGAAACCGGUCAGCAAGGUGUAUGUCGAAGGCAACAAUCGACAGUCCGGAGUGUCGACGAUCAAAGUCGUGAAAUCCGCCCCAUCACCCACGGAUCUGCCUUUCCGCCCUUCAAGAAAACCAGCAACCCAAUCUGACGCAACCACGACUGUUGUAGAUCCUACUAUUGGGGCACAAAAAGUCAUAGACCGCGCCAAGAGCAGCUCCAACGAGACUCAUGUUACUACGAGUAUUGCACCAGCUGUAACGCAUGAGACGGUCCAUCGUGAGAUGCGCCAUGUCCGUGAGGAGCGAAUCACACGCGAGGUCCACAAUCACGAGAUCUAUCAUCGAGUACAGCCAAUAAUUGAUGUCGAGGUACUUCCGACACGACAUUUCUUGCCGAUGGGGAACGGUGAAUUGUUAGAAGUGAGUGGAGACGAUGUUCCAGGGCGUGAGAAAGCUUGGGUUAUUGCAGAAACAGCAUCGAAGAUCGCGACAGACGAUCCAAAGCCCACAAAGCCACCUCAGUUCACCGCGCGGACCUUCGCGAAUGGCGAAGGUGAUGACCAGAGGUAUAUUACUUCUAAAGGGUACGAGAGGACAGAGCAGACUUGGAUUCAUCCACCUAAUUAUUCAACACAAACCUAG